UGGUCCGAAUCAGUCAGGGCCGAAUGAGCCAAGUCCGAAUAAGUUUGUUCCGGAAUUUUCUUCUCUCUCUGCUGUCGUGGCAGGUUGCCAGUCACUUAAUGUAGUAUGGAAGAUACUGUAAAGAGACUGGAGCUGCUCGUGAGUAGAAAUAACCGACUUUGAUUCAAUAACUGGGCAAAGCAGAGACUGACCUUGAUGAACUGUCCUGCAAGGUUGACUAUGAGUACCAGGCUCUGAGCAAUGCCCAGCAGUCUGAUUCACAGGCACCCAGUCACGUGUUGGGCAGCGUGCAGGGGCUGAGGAAGGAGCUUGCUGAGCUGGCCUCAGAAGUGGAGGGAAUCCAGAAGCAGCAGCUAGAGGCCAUGUCCAUGGUGGAGUCGCAGCUCAAGACAUUGUGUGGUCAGUUUGAUGAACUCAGUGGUGUAGUGGGGCAGCUGGAGCAGCAACAGCAACAGCAGCAGCAGCAGCAGCAGCAGCAGCAGCAGCAGCAGCAGCAGCAGCCACAGCAAGGUGAAGAAGCAUCUUGAGUUAAGGGGUCAUGGGGGAUGAGAAGAACUUCCGGUCGCAGUUCUACAAGAAGGUAGGGCUGCGGGAAGUAGAGGAAAAGCGGGCUCUGGAGGCUCUGCUGAAAGAACAGCCCCUAGAUUUAGAGCGUCUGACCAACUUUUGUUGGCGCUCAUCUGUGCCAGCUGCUCACCGCCACCUGGUGUGGAAGUUGCUGCUGCAAGUGGUCCCACGCCAUGCUGAGUCCCAUGACUACGUGCGGCAGCAGCAGCGUCUGGCCUAUGAAGAACUAUGGCGUGCCAUCUCUGCUCUUGGGCUGACCGGCUACACAGAUAUCACUCCUGUAGGUAAUGCAACUGAUGGCCUCUUUGAGUACCACAACCACAACUAUUAUCACCAUCCCAGGCGUGGCUGGUCAGGGCCAGAAGCUCCACGUCCUGAGGACCAACUGUUCAUGUGGCUGGUAAGCCGUGGGCAGCUGCUGCAUCCUCCAAGGGAACUGCUGCGGCAGCCUGAGAGCCAACAAUUUUUGGCCAUUGUUCGCAAGACAGCUGGCCUUAUGGACUGCCCUGUGGAUGUGUUUUGGGUCAGCUCGUCUGUGUGGGCACUGCUGAGGGACAACCGGGCUGCAGUGGCAGCUGCUGUGACAGAGGCAGCUGGCACUGUGCGACGAGAGCACCCAGCCCUCCACUACCACCUGGUGCGCAGCGGCAUCUUCUCCAGUGGCCUCCUCACGGACCUGUGCCUCAGUCUGUUCUAUGACAUAUUCCCAGAGAGUGCCAUGGAGAAAGUCUUGGACAAGGUAGUGGCAGGAGCCUUUGGUAUAUUGGGUUGCCUUACUGCUGCCCUCCUCCUCCACCUCCAGCAGCCUCUCAUCACUGCUGCCACUGCCAUGGGCGUCAAGAGUGUGCUCAGCAACAUGCGCAAGGAAGAGGCAGAGAUGGUGGUGGCAGCAGCCAUGGAACAGUGGCUUAAGGCAGGGGUGGACCGCAAAUAGUGUGUGUGUGUUUUUUGGGUCCUGAGGGAUCAUUGUGAAUCUAAGGUGUUUUACUGUGACCCACAAGUUUGGUUAACAUGAUGAACUCUCUCAUGACCCUGAGCUGCAUGACAAAAAGCAUGAACAUUUUUUACCAUUGUAUCUAAUUGAAAAAUUUUUAAUAACCUCUUUGUAUGUGCUCACUCUUUCUCUUUUCAUAGCUCAGCUGCUGUUUGAGAUGGGAUGUCGGUGUAUUGUACCUGCUUGAGUUUGGGAACAAAUAAUAAAGAAAUUCAUUCUA